AUGUCCCUGCCGCCCUUCUUUGCCCCGGGCCGCCCGGGCCCGCCACCCCCGCAGCCGCCGCCCCCUCCUUUCGGCUGUCCGCCGCCGCCGCUGCCUUCCCCGGCUUUCCCGCCGCCUCUUCCGCAGCGGCCGGGGCCCUUUCCGGGGGCCUCCGCCCCCUUCCUCCAGCCGCCGCUGGCUCUGCAGCCCCGGGGCCCCGCGGAAGCCUCCCGCGGGGGCGGCGGCGGCGGCGUCGCCGGUAGCGGCGCCUUCUACCCGGUGCCGCCGCCGCCACUGCCCCCGCCGCCACCCCAGUGCCGGCCCUUCCCGGGGUCCGACGCCGGCGAGCGCCCGCGGCCGCCGCCCCCAGGCCCGGGGCCGCCCUGGAGCCCGCGCUGGCCUGAGGCGCCCCCGCCGGCCGACGUGCUCGGGGACGCGGCCCUGCAGCGCCUGCGCGACCGGCAGUGGCUGGAGGCGGUGUUCGGAGCCCCGCGGCGGGCCGGCUGCCCGCUGCCCCCGCGGGCGCCCGCUGGGCCCAGUCUCGGCGAAGUGCGCGCGCGGUUGCGCGGGGCUCUGCGCCUGGUGCGGCGGCUGCGCGACCUGGGCCAGGCCCUGCGCGAAGCCGAGGCCGACGGCGCGGCCUGGGCACAGCUGCACGCCCAGGCCGCGCCGCUGCGGGCCGAACUGGCCGAGCGGCUGCAGCUGCUGACCCAGGCCGCCUACGUGGGCGAGGCGCGGCGGAGGUUGGAGAGGGUCCGGCGCCGCCGGCUGCGGCUUCGCGAGAGGGCCCGGGAACGCGAGGCCGAGCGGGAGGCGGAGGCCGCACGAGCUGCGGAGCGCGAGCAGGAGAUUGACCGCUGGAGGGUCAAAUGCGUGCAGGAGGUGGAGGAGAAAAAGAGGGAGCAGGAACUUAAAGCUGCUGCUGAUGGUGUCUUAUCUGAAGUGAGGAAAAAACAAGCAGAUACCAAAAGAAUGGUGGACAUUCUUCGGGCUUUGGAAAAGUUAAGAAAACUCAGGAAAGAGGCCGCAGCAAGGAAAGGAGUGUGUCCUCCAGCCUCUGCAGAUGAAACUUUUGAGCAUCAUCUUCAGCGGCUGAGAAAACUUAUUAAAAAACGCUCUGAACUCUAUGAAGCUGAAGAGAGGGCCCUCAGAGUUAUGUUGGAAGGAGAACAGGAGGAAGAGAGGAAAAGAGAAUUAGAAAAGAAACAGAGAAAAGAAAAAGAGAAAAUUUUACUUCAGAAGCGUGAAAUUGAGUCCAAAUUAUUUGGGGAUCCAGAUGAGUUCCCGCUCACUCACCUCUUGCAGCCUUUCCGACAGUAUUACCUCCAAGCUGAGCACUCCCUACCUGCACUCAUCCAGAUAAGGCAUGAUUGGGAUCAGUACCUGGUGCCAUCUGAUCAUCCCAAAGGCAACUCCGUUCCUCAAGGAUGGGUCCUUCCCCCGCUCCCCAGCAACGACAUCUGGGCAACCGCCAUUAAGCUGCAUUAGUAAAGAUGCUGAGUGUGGUCCAGCCAAGGCUCUCUCCAGCUCUAAGUACUAGUGAUGCUGCCUUCAUGUGCUGUAUACUAAACUGCAACCUCUAAACUCCAUGUGGCAGUGUCCUGCCUAGAAGUUACAUUUUCCUUCAGUGCUCUGUCCUGCCUAAAGGUGCCUCUUGAAUCAGGAGAUUAAUGUGGUUCUGUAGGAAAGGACCUAGGUGAACUGUGUUUAUUACUACAGACAGUGGCCUUGGUUCCCUGAAUUUGCCUCAUUUUUGAGGGGCUUGGUCCUGGUCAUUUGUUAAUUUACUCUUACCUUCCUUGUGUGGUUAUGGGUAAGUAUACUGAAUAUACACUUCACACUCAACACAGGGUGUGUAUAGGAUAGAUUUAGCAUCCCUCCCCCCAGGACUGAAUGUAAAGGCAAGCUUGAUACAAAAUCUCCUUACCCUUCCUACCCUGAGAGCUGCCUAACCUCCAGGAAGAAAAGUCAAAAAUGCUUUUUCUUUCUUACUUUUUGGUGCAGCUUGAGAGGCUCCCAGCUGGAGCCAGAAAAGCUGGUGACCUAGUGUGGUGCUCAUAUGGAGAAUUUUGAAGCCUGAAGAAUACUUACAUCCAAACAGGUUGUGUUUCGGUGGAGGAUUGGCUACAUUUCCCCAUGUUAGAAGGAUGCUAAUGAAAGCACCUGUAUUUAAGUUCCUAGAGGUUUAUUUCAGAAUACCCAUGGAUAGAAAUUUAUAUUGCUAUGGGAGUGGAAUACAACUUCAGUCAGUCAUAUCACAAUAUGUGGAGUAUAGCCCCACAUACAUAGUGGAAUGUUCUUAGGAACUCAACUUCCAAAAGGUGGGGGAGAAGCAGAUGAAAAUAAUAAAAUUUAUUUUUUUAUAGUCAUUAAUAAAUGCUUUUGUGCCUGGAGAUGAUCAGUCAUAUAAUAUGUUAUUUUGUUUUGUUUUGCUUUUUGUCAUUUAUUGUGUUAUUUAUGUUCCCAAAGAGCUAAAUAAAUGUCAUUUUUAUUUUCUAGUUUGAGCCUUUGCUCCUAGU